AUGGUCGAAUUCUCGCUAAAAUCUGUCGCUCUAAAAUGGUAUUUCUUUAGUGGUACAGGAUCAGCAGCACUGUUCAGUGAAUAUUUCAAUCUUUUUAUGGAACAACUUGGUUUCAACCCAGGACAGAUUGGAUUGACAACACUGUUUGGAAUACCGCAUCUAUUCAUACCACUGUGUCUAUUCUUCGGGGAGAAAUUUCGAGCAAGAAAGAUUGUCGCAGUAUUUGGUACCUUGGCAGCAUCG